AAUAAUUGAAAAAUCACGUUUGUAAUGGGCUGAGUCAGUUGUCACAACGAUUAGGUUGGGCUGGGACACUUUUUUGAGUUUCGAGAUCUGCUUAAACUAUCCAAUGGGCUCGAAGUUCCUAGAAAAUUCUGUAAAGGAAAAGAAGUUUGUGGAAGAAUAAUAGAAGUUCGGUGACUUUAACAGAGUUGAUGACCCGUAUGCUUUGAAGCGCCACGUAGAUCCUAGAAAUCACCAGAAUCGUCCAUCUCCUCCCUAUAUUAGAAACGCCCGUCUUCCUUCCUCAGUCAUCAAGAAAUCGAUUGCAGUUGUUUAGCGGAAAUUCCAUCAGCGAAAUCAACAGCGAUGUCUCUCAUUCCAAGCAUCUUCGGUGAACGGAGGAGCAACAUCUUUGACCCUUUCUCUCUAGACAUCUGGGAUCCCUUUGAAGGUUUCCCAUUCAACAGCACCGUUGCAAACGUUCCUUCCUCUGCUCGCGAGACCUCGGCGUUUGCCAAUGCUAGGAUUGACUGGAAAGAGACCCCGGAGGCCCACAUUUUCAAGGCUGAUCUUCCCGGACUCAAGAAGGAAGAGGUGAAGGUGGAGGUCGAGGAGGGUAGGGUGUUGCAGAUCAGUGGAGAAAGGAGCAGAGAGGUGGAAGACAAGAACGAUACGUGGCAUAGGGUUGAGAGGAGCAGUGGCAAGUUCUUGAGAAGGUUCAGGUUACCGGAAAAUGCAAAGAUGGAUCAGGUUAAAGCAAGCAUGGAGAACGGAGUACUCACCGUGACUGUGCCUAAGGAGGAAGUGAAGAAGCUAGAGGUCAAGUCUAUUGAUAUCUCCGGCUAAGCUGCCAUCGCUGAACUCACCUCUCCUUCGAUUUGGAUAAUGUCUGUCAUCUGAUAUGUUAUAUGUCAAAGUUAUAUGUCUGGUGCUUUGUUUGUCUGAAAAUAUGUGUGCACGUAAUGGUAAUGCCUAUUGUGUGAAGUCUAAGUCCCUUUCUGUUCUGUGUGUAAGAAUAUUUGAGGCAAUUUAAUACUUAAAGCAGUGUGUAGUCUUUGA